UUCCGACACCGGUUCCGCGGCGUCUGCGCCGCUCGUCCUGUAGCGGCGGUGGGGAUGCUGAGCCGGGUGAGUGGAGUCUCAGGGAGUCUCGCGGAGGGAAUCCGAGAGGAUGUGGGGGCAGCAACAUGGAAAGGGAAGGUGGGAAGCCUGCGGCUGUUGUCGCGGUUGUGACUGAGCCUCGGUUUACCCAGCGAUACAGGGAAUAUCUCGAGAAGCAGAAACUCCUGGACAGACGGCACCGUGUAGAAAAGAUGCCGGAUGGCACGGUGGCGCUGCCGGUGCUGGGAAAGACUCUCCCUGAGCAGCACCUGCACGAGCUGAGGGAUUGUGUGGCUCCAGGCAGCACCUGUAGAGUAACGCAGCUCCUGGAUCCUGUUCGCUCAAAGAAGGCCCAGGGUUGUUCACCGGCCCAAAGGCUGUGUCUUGAAGUGAGUCGCUGGGUAGAGGGCCGGGGAGUGACGUGGUCAACUGAGUUGGCGGCCGAUUUGCCCCGAUCUUGGCAACGACAUGGCGAUCUCUUGUUGCUGAGCGAGGACUCUUUCCAAGCCAAGCAAUGGAAACAUCUGGAACCAGAACUCUGGGAGACUGUUGCGUCGGCACUUGGCGUCCAUCGUGUGGCCAAACGAGGGCGGGUAUCCCCAGAUGGCGCUCGAACGCCAGCAGUGACUCUGCUGCUGGGCGACCAUGGCUGGGUAGAGCAUGUGGAUAAUGGGAUCCGAUAUAAGUUUGACGUGACCCGGUGCAUGUUCUCCUUCGGAAAUAUCACUGAGAAGCUUCGAGUGGCAUCGCUGCCCUGUGCUGGAGAAGUGCUGGUGGAUCUCUAUGCAGGGAUUGGUUAUUUUACCUUGCCCUUCCUCGUCCAUGCUGGCGCUGCCUUCGUCCAUGCCUGCGAGUGGAACCCCCACGCUGUAGCUGCGCUGAGAAAGAACCUUGAUAUCAAUGGAGUGGCAGAUCGGUGCCAAAUACACUUUGGGGAUAACAGAAAACUGAAGCUCUCAAACAUUGCAGACCGGGUGAACCUGGGGCUGAUUCCCAGUUCUGAAGAAGGCUGGCCCAUUGCCUGCCAAGUGCUGCGGCGGGAUGCUGGGGGCAUUUUGCAUAUCCACCAAAAUGUGGAAUCUUACCCAGGCAAGAACCGCCAGCCUCCAGGAAGCAGUGAAAUGGAGAAGGAACAUUGGCCUUAUCCUCAGCAAAUGAUCACCAACCAUUGUACAAAUGGAGCAACCAGGGAUUCUAGGGGGAAAAGGCUAUCAGCAGCCACCAAACCUGAGUGGCAGAGGUGGGCGGAAUCUGCAGAAACUCGUCUUGCCACCCUUCUUCAGCAGGUGCACGGGACACCAUGGAAGACACAAAUCCUGCACAUCCAGCCAGUGAAAUCCUAUGCUCCCCACGUGGAUCACAUAGUGUUGGAUUUGGAAUGCCGCCCCUGUCCUCUAGUUGGCUAGAGAAGGUGGAUCCUGAGACACAAGGAUCUAUAUAGCAGCCUGCCUGUUUGCCUUAAUCAUCUCCUCUUCUACAUAUGGGGUUUCUUCUCACAUGUGUGCCUGCAGCUUUUGAGCCUCAGACUAGAAAUGCGAUGCUAGAACUUGAGCCAAUAUGGGGAGGAAGGAAGGCAGGGGAGAAACAAUGAGGAAGGUGAGUCAGGGAGCCACAUGUCUGGGGGCUGAGGAGUCACCCGUCUGCCACAAGCUAUGGAUAGGCUGCUGAAGUCAGAUACAUUGGAAUGAAUGCGUGCACCCUGCAAUAGACACAUCAGGCCUUGAGGGUUCAGGGAUGCCAGAAGGUUGACGUGGGUUCUGUGUUCAUAGAAUUGAGGUUCAACUCAUACACCUCCUGCCUUCUCUCCCUUGUCCGUGACCUGAGGCAGCCUCUCAAGAUUCAGUUUCCCCAUCUGUACAUAUGGGUGAACAACUCACAUCUCCUGAAGGAUACUCGUUAGCUUUCAGUGAGUUAACGUACAGGGACUAUCACCACCAUGACUGGCACACAGGGAAUACUUCAUUCAUUCAGGAGUCUUUAUAGAAGGUGAACUACCAUUUCCCAGGUUGGGUAUGAGGAACUGCUGUGCAUUUGCUUUAGUAGUUAAAGUAGAAUGUCCUUAUUUUGAAAAGCCACUCAUUGAUUAAUUGGCAUGUACUGUGUCCUUUCUCUGUGAUGAGGGCCAGAGACAGAGGAGAGUGAAGCCGAGACAUACACACCACACAUGCAUACCCACACACACACCACAUGUAUCAUAUUGUCUCCUGGAUUGAAUGGCCCAUGCAGUAAAGCUGCACGUACACCAUUAGGUAGGUAGAUACAGGUGGACAGACUGUCCUAGUUUCUCUCUUAGUAAUUGAAUUUUACUUUUUUAAAUCAAAGCUAUACGUAUGCAUAGUUUCAUAACUCCAAUAAAGGUAACACAACUUUAUGAAUAAGACUACAUUUCCACAACACCACAAUGAAGCAGCUACAGCCUACAGCUCCUUUCCUCAUUUUGGGAUCUACUUUCAACAAUUUCAGCCAGACCAUGUGUCAAAGGGAAUUCAGGAUCUAGCCAACAUGUACCACCAGGAGCCAUGAGGGUAUGUAUGGACCUGGGUCCCGAGAGCUGGCUAAGAUGCAGUUCGCAUUCAUGUAGGACUCCACUCUCCCAUCAUAUUAUGGUCUGAAGAGAUCUAGACCAUCAGAACAUCCCACGGAGUAUCACGCUAACCUACUGUAUCUGUAGCAUCAUACUAAUUAGGUCGGAUAAAAAACUAGUGUAUUGCACUCCAAAGAUGGAAAAUAAUCACUAAUAAACAGCAACCUGUUACAAUAGUGGUAUUUUUAGGGCUGCUGGUCUGCUUGAAUGCUCAGAUAGCUCCUUUGCAGUAAAGAAGAAGUUUUUGCAUCUCUCCCAGUCAUCAGUACUCCUCUACCAAGGAAGCACACCAACCUCUCUCUGCUUCUCUGUGAGAAUUCAGAACUUGGGAAUGCUGCUCUGACUCAGAUACUAGGUGACUUAGAGGGCUGCCAGUUUUCAGUGGGAUCCACGGCACAUAAAGGCUCUAAAUCAGGUACAAGCUGCAGUGUAAUUAGCUUUAUUUCACGGGCCAUUCAAUCCAGGGGGUUGUGUGGUACGAGUAUCUGUGAGCCAGGGGAGUUGAUGGCGAGCCCCAAUGGGAAAAUCACAAGGUAGUCCUACAUAGACAUCUGUAGCAAGGCCAGGCGAUAAGCAGUGGAGAACCGUGUAUCAUCCAGAAAUGGCUCUUGCAUGCCAGGUAGAGUCUGAGCAUCUCUUAGGACAUCAGGUAACCCUGUCGCCAGUGUUGCCCAUCACAAGCUGAGUUUCGCCAGGCCCUUCAAGUCAGUCCAUCAUAAGAUGGAAGCGUCGCAUCUGGGAUGGAUGACAAGGCCAGAGGAAAUGAACAGGUGCACAGGCAGGUGGCCUACUCUUGCAUCAGUGCCCUUCGCUCCGCUCACAUUUUGGCCACUUGAGAGGCUCUUUGGGCUCGCUGAUGAAGGACAGAAAUGCGCAGCUAAAUUCACUGAUAGGUUUUCUUGGAAUAUGGGUGCGAACAAGAAACAGACUGCUGCCACCUGACAGCCCUCCUCAGAAGUGAGGGGAAUCCUCCCAAAAGGCAAAAUUGGCAGUGUUUCUGGUUGUCCACUUUGUAUAGGAAGAGAAGUGGCCUGAAGUAAGAAUUACCUUUAUGACAAAUGUCAGAUAGGUCAAUGAGUUGAUCAGGGACCUGGAGUGGGAAAGAUUAGAUCAGGGACAAGGAAGCCGGGAGAAGAGGCAGCGGAGAAGUCUCCGGGAUUGGAUACAUGAGUAAAGGUCUUUGUAUUGCAGUGCCUACCAGAGACCUGAAUCACGCAAGAGGAACUAAACAAGUAAAAAGACUUCACUAGUUAAUUUUAGCAGUUGUAGUCAUGAGCUGCCCUGGUAGCAUAAUGGGCUCAUGAAUAAGGUCGGUUGAAGGAUGUAGGUUAGCAAGAUGCUAGCAGCAUGGCCUCUGCUCACCAAGGAGCCACCCCCUAGCAUUCAGCACUGAGCCCUUGAAACAACACCCUUACUCAAGGUAGCAAGUGGAUUACACUGGACUUCUUUCUUCUGUCACAGAAGGGCAGUGAUGCACCUUGACUAGACUCUUCCCAUCUGCAUGUAUGAGUUUAAACGCCUUUCCUGCCCACAGGGUGUUGGCCAGCAUCACUAUCCAAGGGUUUACAAGUGUUUGAUCCAUCAGUCUGUAUCCUACGUAAUAUUGCCUCCGACCUAGGGAUCUGAUUUACAACAAAGGUGUUUCAGUGGACACAUGGCCAUGUGAUUCACCAGUCCUAUCCCAUCCUAGAAAAUGCUGGCUUGGUGGAGUGGUGGGAAAACUUUUUUUUUUUUUUAAGAAUUUUUAUUUAUUUAUUUGACAAAGAGAGCACAAGCAGACAGAGUAGCAGGGAGAGAGAGAGGGAGAAGCAGGCUCCUUGCUGAGCAAGGAUCAUGAUGUGGGACUCGACCCUUGGACCCUGGGAACAUGACCUGAGUUGAAAGAUAGUCGCUUAUCCAACUGAGCCACUCAGGUACGCCUGGAAAAACCUUUUGAAA